CGCCCCGCCGCAGGCUUCUCUCGGGUCCGCAUCCAGCUGUGGGAAAACACCGGGAAUCCAGCAUGUCUGCUGACGUCUGGGUGGGAACAUGGAGACCCCACCGGCCCAGAGGGCCCAUCGCUGCUCUCUACAGCAGUCCCGGGCCCAAGUACGGGCUCCCCACAAACGUAGGUUACCCCCUUCACGACCCCUCCCGCUACCGAGCCCCUGCGUACAGCUUCGGCAUCCGCCGCCUCCAUCUGCAGGAUGAGUGCUCCCCGGGGCCCAAGUACAUGGUGCCAGCCAAGAUGACCAUGAAGGGCAAAGAUGGUAACCCUGCCUACUCCAUCUAUGGCCGUCCCAGGGAUCUGAUGCCCUUCCUGACCCCCGGGCCAGGUCGAUAUUCUCCAGAGAAGGCAGGGAAAUGGGCCUAUCGCUCCGCGCCCAUCUACUCGCUCGCCUCGCGUACGAAGGAGUUUGCGAAUGACCAGACUCCAGGGCCUGCCGCCUACGGGCUCCCCCCAAUGAUUGGGCCCAAGGUCGUCAACAAGAGCUCUGCCCCAAACUAUUCCCUCCUGGGACGCAGCUUGGUCGGCAGUUUCUAUGAGGACCUGAGCAAG